ACUUUCUAAUGAUACGUAAACAAGGUAUUUCUGGUCCCUUAUAGAAUUAUAGAAUAGAAAAGGUAUAUCAUACCUAUUUGUAAUCAAUCAUUUAUCACUUGAGGGAAGAACAAUAGUAUUUCAUUGCUACAUGUAUGGAUUAUUGAAAAUAAUAAUCCAUGUAUUUGGACAUUUUCCUUCAACUCCAUAAUUUUGUAUUUAGUUAUUUAACAUAACAUCACUAGUUGAAGGUAAUUCUACGAAAUGAAAAUGGAUUAUGGGAGUGUGUGACUUGAACUAUUGAUUAGGCCGUGCAGGUAUAUAUCCUUUUCUGCCACAUUGAAAUUCAUACUCAAAUGUGUCUUUUCAUUUGUCCAACCGCCGUAGAAGUAAGUCCUAUAGAGAGGAUAGGUUGGUUCGUUUGAAGAGAAUCUAUUCUAUGAUCAACCCUGAAUCAUGUGAUGCAUGAACGGGCUCCGUAAGAUCCAGUCGAAUGUGUGAUUUUGCAUGAUAUAAUCUAGAUUUUGUUUAUUACUAAUUUGAAUAGUAUUGAAAUGCAUUCAUUUCCUUUGCAUUGACCUGAUCUAUGAUACUAUCGGAGUGAAACUAGGGAUCUAAAGAACAAUAGAAACUAGGCGAUAUUAGUAACAAGUAAACCCUUUAUUUGUAAUAUAUAUAAUUUUCUAUUUUUAUAGAAAGUCAAAAUCUCCAAGUAUUUUGGAGAUAAACACCAAUCAUAAGGUAUGAGACGACCCGAAAAGCAGUUGAUCAUGAUCAACUUUAUAAGCCUACUUGGGUGUUGAGCAUUUAUUUGUAAGAGCAGAAUUCUUUUCCGUGGAUAAUUACAACUUUGGAAAGUAGGAUUUAAUAAAUAGGUUCUUACAGGGAACCUUUAUAGAUGGAUAAGAUAUAUAUAUUAUGGAUCCAUUUGGUUCUUUUGAUUCUUGCUUGAGCCGGAUGAUGAAAAAUUAUCAUGUCCGGUUCUUUCGGGGGAUGAUGAAUCUAUAAGAAUUCACCUAUCCUAAACAAAAAACCUGACUUGAAUGAUCCUGUAUUAAGGGCUAAAUUAGCGAAAGGUAUGGGGCAUAAUUAUUAUGGGGAGCCCGCGUGGCCUAAUGAUCUUUUAUAUAUUUUUCCUGUAGUAAUUUUAGGUACUAUUGCGUGUAACGUAGGCUUAGCAGUUUUAGAACCAUCAAUGAUUGGCGAGCCGGCGGAUCCAUUUGCAACUCCUUUGGAAAUAUUACCUGAAUGGUAUUUUUUUCCUGUAUUUCAAAUACUUCGUACAGUACCAAAUAAGUUAUUAGGCGUUCUUUUAAUGGCUUCAGUACCUGCGGGAUUAGUAACAGUUCCUUUUUUAGAAAAUGUUAAUAAAUUCCAAAAUCCAUUUCGCCGUCCAGUAGCUACAACUGUCUUUUUGGUUGGUACCGUAGUGGCCCUUUGGUUAGGUAUUGGAGCAACAUUACCUAUUGAUAAAUCCCUAACUUUAGGCCUUUUUUAA